CCCCCCUUUGCAUAAAAGCGCCCGCGGAUUCUGAGAUUGUGACAGGACGGAGGGCCUGCAGAGCCAGACUGUUGGAAUCCUGUCAGCCCUGGAGUGCGCAGCUGGCCACACUCAGGACACAGGUCGGAUGGAGCUGACUCCCUACUUGCCUCACUUGCUGGCCGUUCUGCUGUUGCGGGCCGUGGUUCAGUCGCUAGGGGCCGAUGCUCAUUCUCUUUGCCAUUACUUCACUGUCAACACCACAGCCCGACCUGGCCAACCAGUGUGUGAUGUCCAAGGUCUUAUAGAUGGGAACAUCUUUCUAACCAGUGACUGUGAUAAAACCAAAUGUAUUAUUCUCCCUGGGAAUGAAACACAUAUCCCUGACAAUGAAGAAAAAGAAAUGAAGGAAAUAUUCAAAGAUGUGGCAGACACCCUCAUACAACAGCUGUCUGAGAUGAACCUGGCAGAUUACACAAGCAGGGAUGCCCUCAGCCUGCAGGCAAGGAUGUGCUGUGAGCGUGAUGCCACUGGCCGCAAAAAUGGUUCCUGGGUGUUCAGCAUCGGUGGACAGAAAUCUGUCCUGCUUGAGUCGCACGACAAAGAAUGGAAAAAG